AUGGGGGAGAUCGUGCUUCCCAUCACGAGUCCUCUGCACCUCACCAGCGCGCAAGACAUCUCCGAGCUGAACAUCCACCUGAGGUACUCGCAGCUGGUCAAGGCGUAUGAGAGUCUGCAGCACGAGAAGCAGGAGGCCGAGAAGAAGUACGAGUACCAGCUGAGCGCCAUGCGGCAGCUGCUCAAGCGACGAGACUCGUCGGAUCUCAAGGCUGGUCUCGCCCCGAGACAGGCGACCAACGCGAAGGAGGAGGGAGACGAGAAGAGGCUGGUGCAGGAGCUGCGGAGGCGACUGGUAGAGCAGCAGAACAAGAUGGAAAGCUUGCAGGGCGAUCUGCUGCUUGCGGUGGAUCAAGGAAUCAAAUAUCGGGAGAGCCUGCGGCGGAUGGUGGAGUUUCAAGAAACGAGAGAGAAGGAGGAGGUGCUUGAGAGCGAGAGAGGUGAGAACAAGAGGCUGAUGAGCAGGAAUCUCCAGCUGAACUCCGAGCUGAUGCGCUUGAGCCGUGCCAACGACGAGCAGCAGGAGCACAUGGAGCAGCAGCAGCAAGACAUUGCGGGUUUGCGCUUGCUGCUGGCAGGCACUCGGGAGCAGCUGGAGGAGCAGCUGAAGGAGGCGAGGGACCUGACCGUCACGCUCGCCGACGUCAUGGCCCAGCUCGACCAGGACAAGUUCGACGCCACGUCAGCCAGAGAGAAGACGCGCAAGAUGGUGGACCAGGUCACUCAGAGCUGCUCAGCCAUGAUCGGGGAGCUGAGAAUGUCCGUCCUCGAGUGCGUCGGCAUGCGGACGCGCUUGGAAGCCGCUCACGAGUCCGAGAGAACCCCAGCUCAGCUGGACAGGCAGCAGGAGCAGAUCCAGGCGGCCACAAACUUCCUACGAACUCUAGAGGGAGACAUCUACAGCAUCUGCGAGCUGGUGAAAGAAAGCAAGCCAGACGUGAGCUGGUUCGAACGAGAAUGGAGGCGAGUGAGCGAGGAGACGGAGGAGCUGGAGGGGAGGAAGGAGGAGAGCCGCCAGCUGAUGGCCGCCUGCUCCGACAAGACUCAAACCAUCGCUGACCUGCAGGCUGAGCUCGGCGAGGUGCGAAGCAGCCUAGACCGCAAACUCACAGCGAUGGCAGCGACGAACGAGAAACUGGAAGCGGAAAGAGCUGAGAAAGAGAAGCAGCUGGAGCAUGCGCGGAGGGAGCUGGAAAAGGUCAGGGACGAGGCCUCGUGGCGCCUGCAGCAGCGACAGAAGGAGGCGGAGGUGCUGACACGCGAACGCGAGGAGCUCGAGCAGAAGCUGCGAGCCAAGUCGGUGGAAUGCGAAGCGAUGAAGAUGAAGGCGAAGGAGGCGGAGGAGGCGAAGGCGAAGGUGAUGGACGACUUGCACAAGCUGAGAAGCGAACAAGCUCGAGGGCGCGACGAGGAGGUCGAGAAGCUGCUGGAGAUCGCGCGAUGCAAGUCGGAGGUGAGCGAGAAGUUGGAGCGAGAGCUGGCGGAGGAGGCAGAGAAGCGCGAGGAGCUGGCGCAGGCGCUGCGAGAGGCUCAGGAGGAGACGUCGCAUGUGAGGCUGCAGCGCCUGCGGGACGAGGAGGAGGGGAGGCGAGAGAGGCGAAGGCUUGAGCGCGAGAAGGAGCUGCUGACGAACGCGCGAGAGGAGUGGACGAAGAGGGAGGAGCGCUGGAGAAACGAGCUUGACAUGCUGCUGCGAAGCAACGAAGAGCUGCGAGUGCAAGUUGAGACAUUCAACUCCCAAGCAGCGAAGGCUAAGGAGGAAGAGAGGGAGAAGGAGGAGAGGGAGAAGGAGGAGAGAGAGAAGGAGGAGAGAGAGAAAACCCAACAGAAUUCGGAGAAAUCUCAAUCAGAUGCGUUACAAACACCAGCAAGACCUACAAGACUCUCGAAGAUCGAUGAUGAAGUGAGUUGA